CUCCAAAGCAAGCAAUGGACCCUGUUGUUCUUACUCCACAAUAAGCCAAGUAGACCUCAAACACAAACACCUCUUUUCCUUCUCUCUCUCUCUCUCUCUCUCUUUCCCGCAUUUUGUUUUCUCCUUUUAUCUUUUAGCUUCAAGUUUCCCUCCACCGCCAAAAGGAGAGAGAGCUUUCUUUGUCUGUGAAGUGUGAGUGUGAGCUGCCUGAGAUUGAAGAGAAAAAAUGGGAACUUUGGUGGUUUCCAGGUUGUUCAUUGUGUUAUGCCUGUGUUUGUGUUUGGGUUCUCAGCUGAUCCAGUGUACCGUGACCUACGAUAGGAAGGCAAUUAUGAUAAAUGGGCAAAGAAGAAUUCUCUUCUCUGGUUCUAUUCAUUAUCCAAGAAGCACCCCUGAUAUGUGGGAGGAUCUGAUACGGAAGGCAAAAGAUGGAGGUCUUGAUGUCAUUGAAACUUAUGUUUUCUGGAAUGUUCAUGAGCCUUCUCCUGGCAAUUAUAAUUUUGAAGGGAGAUAUGACCUGGUGAGGUUCAUGAAAACUGUACAAAGAGCUGGGCUCUACGCUCACCUUCGUAUUGGACCUUAUGUUUGUGCAGAAUGGAAUUUUGGAGGAUUUCCUGUUUGGUUGAAGUAUGUUCCAGGCAUCAGUUUCAGAACAGACAAUGAACCUUUCAAGAGGGCAAUGCAAAGCUUCACUGAGAAAAUUGUGGGGCUGAUGAAGAGCGAAAAAUUGUUUGAGUCCCAGGGUGGCCCCAUUAUCCUCUCUCAGAUUGAGAAUGAGUAUGGAGCACAAAGCAAACAGCUAGGCUCUGUAGGCUAUAAUUACGUGACUUGGGCGGCCAAGAUGGCUGUAGAAAUGGGAACUGGGGUCCCCUGGGUGAUGUGCAAAGAAGACGAUGCCCCAGAUCCAGUGAUAAACACAUGUAAUGGUUUUUACUGUGAUACAUUCACUCCCAACAAACCAUACAAACCUACAAUGUGGACAGAGGCUUGGAGUGGCUGGUUCUCGGAGUUUGGUGGCCCAAAUCAUCAGCGCCCAGUUCAAGAUUUGGCAUAUGCAGUUGCUCGAUUUAUACAGAAAGGAGGAUCAUUUAUCAACUACUACAUGUAUCAUGGAGGGACAAAUUUCGGACGGACAGCUGGAGGCCCUUUCAUCACCACGAGCUAUGAUUAUGAUGCUCCAAUAGAUGAAUAUGGUCUGAUCAGGCAACCAAAGUAUGGUCAUCUAAAAGAGCUUCACAGGUCUAUUAAGAUGUGUGAGCGAGCUUUAGUUUCUGCUGAUCCUAUAGUUACUUCAUUAGGGAGCUUUCAACAGGCUCAUUUGUUUUCUUCAGAACAUGGAGAUUGUGCAGCUUUUCUCUCAAACUAUGAUACGAAGUCUAGUGCAAGGGUGAUGUUCAAUAACAUGCACUAUAACUUGCCUCCUUGGUCCAUCAGCAUCCUCCCUGACUGCAGAAACGUAGUCUUUAAUACUGCCAAGGUUGGAGUUCAGACAUCACAAAUGGAAAUGUUGCCAACAAGUGCUGGGAUGUUUUCGUGGGAGAGUUACAAUGAGGAUAUUUCUUCAAUAGAUGACAGCUCGACAUUCACCACUCAGGGUCUAUUGGAGCAGAUAAAUGUCACUAGGGACGCUAGUGAUUAUUUGUGGUACAUAACUAGAGUUGAUAUUGGUUCUUCAGAAUCCUUCCUGCAUGGAGGGGAACACCCCACUCUCAUUGUUCAAUCAACAGGUCAUGCUGUGCAUGUCUUUAUUAAUGGACAGCUGUCAGGUUCUGCCUUUGGAACAAGACAGUAUAGGAGAUUCACAUAUACUGGAAAGGUGAAUCUGCAUGCUGGAACAAACAGAAUUGCACUGCUGAGUGUUGCUGUUGGAUUGCCUAAUGUGGGUGGACAUUUUGAGACAUGGAACACGGGAAUCCUUGGUCCAGUUGCAUUGCAUGGACUUGAUCAGGGAAAAUGGGACUUGUCCUGGCAGAAGUGGACCUACCAGGUUGGUCUGAAAGGAGAAGAAAUGAAUCUUGUUUCCCCAAAUGCUUUCUCCUCUGUUGAGUGGAUGCAGGGAUCAUUAGCUGUACAAAGGCCACAGCCCUUAACAUGGCAUAAGGCUCAUUUCAACGCACCUGAAGGAGAUGAGCCUUUGGCUUUGGACAUGCAGGGUAUGGGAAAGGGUCAAAUAUGGAUAAAUGGGCAGAGUAUUGGCAGAUACUGGACUGCAUAUGCUAAUGGAAACUGCAGUGGUUGCAAUUAUGCUGGGGCAUACCGACCUCCAAAGUGUCAGCUUGGUUGUGGCCAACCAACCCAAAGAUGGUACCACGUGCCUCGGUCUUGGUUGAAGCCAACCCAAAAUCUGUUGGUCCUUUUUGAAGAACUUGGAGGGAAUCCUUCAAGAAUUUCUCUUGUGAAGAGAUCAGUAACCAGUGUUUGUGCUGAGGUCACUGAGUAUCAUCCAACUAUCAAGAACUGGCAAAUUGAAAGCUAUGGAAAACCAGAAGAGUUCCACAGCCCCAAAGCUCACCUGCGGUGUAGUCCAGGCCACACCAUUUCAUCAAUUAAAUUUGCAAGCUUUGGAACUCCUUUGGGAACUUGUGGGACUUACCAGCAAGGAGCUUGCCAUGCUACUACAUCUUAUGACAUCUUGCAAAAGAAAUGUAUUGGACAGCAGAAAUGCACAGUCGCCAUAUCCAACAGUAACUUUGGCCAGGACCCAUGUCCAAAUGUCAUGAAGCGUUUAUCUGUUGAAGCUGUUUGUUCUCCUACAGUUUCAAACACCAAUUGGAGGGGUUAACUCUAUGUUGCAUUUAACUAUACACUUUCAGCAUGUGAAGCAAGGAAGAAAGAAUAAAAGAUGAGAAUACAGGGAAGGAGUUAUCUUAGUUAGGUAGGGCGCCAUAGCCUUUCAAAUGGGGAGAAGCUGUGGCCAAAGAUGUUUGAUGGCAGGGAAUUACGUGUUAAUUUGAGUGGGGUAAAUUGGACUUUUAAGUAAAUUAGUAAUGUUUGUUAGUUGUUAGUUAGAUAGGCUGAGUUUGCAGUUCUUAGGGUCCUGAAUUGGGGACUCUAAAGGUGAAUACAAACCCAGUCCCUGGCGUUUUAACCGAAUAGGGCACUGGGAAAGUAAUGAAUUGCAGUGGUGUGACUUGUCUUGUGUUGGUGUCAAUGGGGAAAGAUGAAACCCCUAUUUACGUUCAUGUUGGGAGCGGAUCCUAGUAUGAACAUAUUUUCUCUGUUAAAUGUGCAGUUUCUGAUGAAAUAUCAAGUAGCUUGUUGUCAA